AGGCGGUGGCAGAAUAUUUGGGUGGAGACAAUCAUUCGCGCUCCACUAAGUUGAGUUCACAACACAAUACAAUUCGGACUGGAAAUGUCUCGAUGGCUGACUUGUAUCCUUCGAUAGCACAAUGUGCGGUUGUAGCCACCGCUUUCAAAGUGCUAUUGUUUCCCGCAUACAAAUCAACCGAUUUCGAGGUCCAUAGGAAUUGGCUUGCUAUCACGAACAGCCUCCCAAUCCAGGAAUGGUACUAUGAGAAGACUUCAGAAUGGACACUCGAUUACCCUCCGUUCUUCGCAUACUUCGAAUGGAUUCUGUCUCAGUUUGCGAAGCUGGCAGAUCCCAGGAUGUUGAGAGUGUAUGAGUUGGAAUUCGACAGUUGGCAGACUGUAUACUUCCAAAGAGCAAGUGUCAUUGCUACUGAGCUGGUCCUGGUCUAUGCGCUUCAUCUCUAUGUCCAAUCUGCCCCAUCAGCAUUGAAGCGUCCUUCCCAUGCGGCUGCCCUUUCGAUCCUCCUCUCGCCGGGACUCUUGAUCAUUGACCAUAUCCACUUUCAAUACAAUGGUUUCCUAUAUGGUCUGCUGAUAUUGUCACUGGUACUGGCGAGAAAGAAGUCGACCACACUGGCUAGUGGGCUCCUUUUCGCAGCUCUUCUCUGCCUGAAGCACAUCUACCUUUAUCUUGCACCAGCAUACCUUGUCUAUCUAUUGCGAGCAUACUGUCUAGGCCCAAAGUCAAUCUUCCAUAUCAAGUUUUUCAACGCAUUGAAGCUAGGUACUGGAGUGAUUGCUGUGUUUGCAGCUGCAUUUGGACCUUUCGCGAUCUGGGGCCAAAUUCCACAACUACUUAGUAGACUGUUUCCUUUUUCGAGAGGCUUAUGUCAUGCAUAUUGGGCGCCGAACGUGUGGGCGAUGUACUCGUUUACUGAUAGGGUCAUGAUCUAUGUUGCCCCUCGUUUGGGUCUCCCAGUCAAUCAAGAAGCAAUCAACAGCGUAACACGAGGCCUAGUUGGAGAUACAUCGUUUGCUGUUCUUCCCGAGAUUACGGCCAGCACAACCUUUGCGUUGACUCUGCUUUUCCAAUUCAUCCCUCUGAUCAAGCUGUUCUUCGACCCCACUUGGGAUACCUUCAUUGGAUCCGUCACCCUCUGCGGUUAUGCAUCAUUCCUCUUCGGCUGGCAUGUGCAUGAGAAAGCAAUCUUGCUUGUCAUCAUCCCAUUCUCACUCAUUGCCUUGAAGGAUCGUCGAUACUUGGGAGCCUUCCGCCCUCUUGCUGUAGCGGGACAUGUUUCGCUAUUCCCAUUGCUCUUCACGGCCGCUGAAUUUCCGAUCAAGACUAUCUACACUAUCUUUUGGCUCGUGUUCUUCUUGCUGGCAUUUGAUCGGCUCGCUCCAGCCAGUAACAAGCCUCGAGUAUUCUUACUGGACAGAUUCAGCUUGUGGUACAUCGCUGUCAGCAUUCCAUUGAUUGUCUACUGCAGCUUGUUGCAUGGCAUGAUCUGGGGCAAGAGACUUGAGUUCUUGCCAUUGAUGUUUAUGAGCAGUUACUCUGCUGUUGGUGUGGUAGGGAGCUGGGUGGGAUUUCUAGUCGUGUUUUUCACAAGCUAAACUGUGGGCUUGUAUAUAUGGUUGACAAAAGACAUAGUCGAGAAUGAUACCCUUCACUUGUUUUCAAAUCAAUCCUCUGCCCAGAUUCGGUAGACUCGCUGCUUUGGAUUUGUGCUUGCCUCCUCGAAGCCAAUUCGUGGAAGCAAGUGCUGCUAAUUCGUCGUUCGAUGUUUCUUGUUCAGCUUCCAUUUGCCCAGAACCAAGAAGUUUUCGGCGAUCCUUCAGCUAAAUGUUUCGAGAUGAUUACUCCGUUCAAGGUGCUU